AUGUGUAAUGCCGGAGAAACAUAUUUGGCUGAUCUUCGGCAUACAUUCAAAUCAAGCAGAAUAAUUCCAGCACGCUAUAGUGAUAAUUUUGAAAUUUUCAUUGAUAUUGAUUAUCAAUCAGAUAAAUAUUUAGAGUUGAUCAAUGCCUUUAAGUCUAAAUCAUCAAAAAAGAAAGGAGUUAUGAAGAUCGAGAACGAAAUUCCGGAAAAAAGAGAAGAAGUUAAAAAUGAUUCCCAAAAUAAGAAACAGUUACAAGAAAUAAAACCGCACGAACCAACUAAAAUCACAAAAUCACAAGUUACAGCCGAAAUCAAGCCAAUUAAAAUGAAUAUUGAAAUUCCUAAACCACAAAUUGAAGUAAAACCAGAAGAAAAUAAUUCAAAUGAAGCUAACAUUAGUAAUAGUACCGUUGUUGAAACUCAUACAGAAAAGAAACAAGAAACAGAAAAUCCAUCUCCAAAUCCUAAGAAACCAUGGUCUCCAAAGCGUGAUUCAAUUGUCCCUUUACAGAAUGAACAAGAGUUGAAGAAUAUUACUGAUGAUUUAAUAUCAUAUGAUCUAGAUGCACCAAAAAUUGUUCAACAAAGGCAAGUUAAAUCGAUUCCAAUAGAAAUAGGAACAUUUACUAAGCAGAUUUCGCUUGAAUCUACUAUUUCUUUUACGAUUGAAGUCUCAGAUCAGAAAAAAUACAUUCAAUACAAUUUAGUAGAUGAAAUAUCGAAAAAUAUUGUACUAUUUGCUAAAAGGGACUCAUCUAUAAGCGGUUGCAACUACUUAAUUUACUCUAUUGAAAAUGUACAGACUCCAAUCGCUCAAAUUUCGUCAAAUUUCACCAGAUCGUCAUUUGUUACUACAACUAUGCAGAAUGGUGAACUAAGAGAGAUUUGCGCAUUAGAUUUCAAAUCCAGCUUCAAAAACGUGAAACCGACCAAACAAUUUUUGGCUGUAAUUCCUGAAUACAGAGAUGACAUUCCAAGUGGUUAUUCUCUAUUAAAGAAUGAUAACCUUGUGAUAAAGAUGAUGCCAAAACCUCCUAAAAUGAAAGGAGGAAUUCCAGUUUUGAGAUUUGGCGGAAGAGUAAAAAUGGAGUCUGUAAAGAACCAUAUUCUCGUGAAACCAGAUGACACUGAUACAAAUAUAUUGAUUUUUGGAAAAGUUACAGAAUCAACUUAUGCAGGCGAUGCCUAUUAUCCUUUGACGCCUCUCCAAGCAUUUUGUUUAUGUCUUCCUCAUUUUAAAUAA